AUGGUCCUCGAAAGCAAGAUCGAGAUUGAUGCCCCACCUGCCACGGUGCGCGAAGUGCUACUCAACUUCUCAUCCUUUCCCGAAUGGCAUACCGAGUGGCUAAAGAGCAUCGAGAUCCUGGAUAAGAGCAAGACUGGAGAGACCCUCACAGCGGGUGAUAAAGUCAAAGUUUGCAUCGAAGGGUUUAAGUUCGUGGCUGAGAUCAAGGAGAACUCUGAAGAAUUAUUCUCGUGGCAGGGCCCACCAGUCUUCACUAUUGCUGGUCUUCAUGGAUUCCGCAUGGAACCUAUUAAGGACGGCAAGGCGACCUUGUUUACACAGUCGGAGGACCUGAAGGGUCUGUUGUCCUUCUUGAUGAGCCCUUCGUUCCUUGGAAAGAGGAUGCGCGCCGACUAUGCUGUUUUCAAUAAGCACCUCAAGGCCCGCGCCGAGGCUGCUGUCUCUUCCUCGUCCGAGCCAGCUUCUGAAACUGCUGCUCCCCUUCCCGAGUCAACUUCCACUUAA